CAAAAAAUACUGUGCGGGUGCAACAGUUAAAAGCAUGAUAGAAUAGGAAGGUAUAGUCUGAAGUCUUUUUCUCUGGUUGUUUAGUUCAUUGUAUAGUGAGAGCCGAGCGUGCCGCCCGUGGUACUCAUUCGGGGCGAGCUUAGGAAAAAUUAGGAGCUGACGACCCUGACUACGGUAUGCAUGAUAAACUGGGCAUCAUCUUCGGUACAGUCUCAAUUCCGGCGCCUUUCUACAGAGAGCAUGAGGAUUAGUCAGAGUGGCCAAAGAAUUCUUAUAUCAUUCUGAUAACAUUUUUUGAACAUUAUUUCGGACAGAAGCCGAUAGAGAAGGUCUACAAGGAAAGAAGUUAGAAGUUAGCUGAAUGGUUAAAAAACAUGUUUCGGAGCAUAAUACCCCGGAUUAGGAUUCGCAGACGCCUAUUAUUUAUACUUGUGAUGGCUUUUCAACUGUGUUUCCUUCUGUAUGUCCUUUUCAUGAACUACAAAAGUAACAUCAAAAUUGGUAAGAAUGUUGGUUCAAGCACUGGGCGCCUUAAUGAACAAAAACUGAUGAGAACUGCUAAAAGUUCUGUGGCUACAUGCAAAACAAAGGCAACCAGGCGUUUUCCAGAUCUGUAUUCUAUUGCUCCAGUUCAGCUGGACAAAACAAAUGUGGGAGAUCAGUAUUUCGUCUCAUAUAACGGAACUCGAUGUUUCAAAUUUGGUACUCUUAGGCGAAAGGAAAAGAAUGGGUGUGUUUGUCAAAAAGGGUGGACUGGAAACGCCUGCAGCACACCAGAAGUUGCAAGGGUAGGGAUUUCGAAACUCCCACAAGAAAUUCAAAGAAAAAUAAAAAUUCGCAAACAUCCAAGAAAGGUCGUUAUUUCAAUGCUCCUGAAUCACGAAUUUGACACUCUGGAAGCACUUGUGCGUGAGCUAACAGGGUUGGUCGACGUAGUGAUGAUAGAAGAGUCGAAUUUCACGCUUCACGGGGACCCCAAAUUACCUUUGUUCUACCAAAAGCUACAUUCUGGAUAUUUGUGCGAUUUUUACUCAAAUAUCAUCUAUAUUUACUUAGACCACUUUUUGGAAGACGGUAAAACGAACGGAUUCAAGAUGGAGGGAUAUGCAAGAAACUAUAUCAGCAAGGGAUUCCCGAGCAUUGCAGAACUACGACCAGACGAUCUGUUUCUUCAUCUUGACGCCGAUGAGGUUCCGUCCCGUGAUGCAAUAGCCUUUCUCAAAUUCCAUGACGGGUACCCUGAGCCCUUUGGCUUUGUUCUGAGGUGGUCUGUGUACGGAUAUUUCUGGAAAAUGAACCGUGUUUGGACAGUGCAGUCCGCAGGGUGUUCGGUAGGCAUGCUCCGCCAAGUUUAUGACAACCAACCUGGUACAGUACGAGGAGGAAUAGGCCACAUUCAACAGGGAAAGAUAAGAGAGUACAAGAAAGGAGGAAACGAUGUAUUGGUAUGGCAACUCGGGGAACAGGGUAAAUUUGCCGGAUGGCAUUGCUCAUGGUGCUUCGAUAUAAAUGGCAUCAAAACGAAGUUGUUAUCCGCCUUGAGUGGGGAUGGAGAGCGUUUUGGUGAUGAUCCGAAAAAGCAGAAAUUGGACUUCCUUCGUACCUUAGUGAGAGAGGGACGCUGGUUUGAUGGCGAUUAUCUGGAGCCAAAAGGCAUAAAAAUGGCCUCUCCCGCUACCGACAAGUUUUUCGCCCCUAAUUUUAUAUUAUCAAAUAAGAAACGAUUUAAGCAUCUUAUCACAAACUAUCUUUUGGAUGAAAACAAAAAAGAUGACAAAUAG